CUAGUGAGUUGAGCUACUGGGCAAUAUUCUGACAGCGAGGACAGCACCAGACGCUAUACUCUCGAUCGCGAUUCGAUUUUCUUGAGCUGGCCAGGCGGAGGUGUAUGGCCCCGUACCCCUUUGAGAUGAAUCCCGUUGGCCUACCGGGGUCUCCGUCCCACGAGAUUAAACUCCACCAGAAAGAAGUGUCGGAUACGGAGUGUGAGGAACUUCAACCCAAAGAUAUGACAACCGACAAAGGAUACAAAAGUAAGACGAGCAGUCUUCCAUUCAGCGUCGAAUCAUUGAUUUCCAAGAAAACAACCUGCAGGACUUACUAUUCUUCUCCCUCCUCGGAUUCGGGUCUCCUUCAACCGAAGCCUGUGGCGGCGGCGGUGCAGAUCACCGAACAGUUUUCUCCAAGGACUUUUUACGUGGAGAGGAAAGUUUCCCCGGAAAGCUCGCAGAGCGUGUCGGACUGUCAGAAUGACGACAAUCAAGAUUUUUGUGAGAAAGACCAGYGCACUUGGUUCCAGACAACAUCUUUCUCGACUCCCCCUCGAAGCUUAAGUCCACCUCCAUGUCCUUUAAGGAAACAUAAAAACAACCGAAAACCUCGAACGCCCUUCACUACCUCCCAGCUGCUCGCUCUGGAAAGGAAGUUCCGACAAAAGCAGUACCUCUCCAUUGCGGAGCGAGCCGAAUUCUCCAACUCCCUCAAUUUGACCGAGACCCAGGUCAAAAUCUGGUUCCAAAACAGGAGGGCUAAAGCCAAGAGACUUCAGGAGGCCGAGUUGGAAAAGUACAAACUGGCGUCGAAACCCAUGCUACCUGCCUUUGCUCUGCCUUUCCCCCUGGGAGCGCACAUGGGCUCUCCAUCUCUCUACGGACAUUCUAACGCCUACCCCAGGCCCACUUUACCUGUUCCGGGACUCUUCGGUGGACCUGUCGCCUAUGGAAUGUAUUAUUUGUCUUGACUUAGAUUGUGCAUUUACAUUUGAGAUAAAAUCAUAUGUCAUUUAUAUAUGUCUUCAAACAUGGUUGCAACACUUAACUCUACCCCCUGUCUGGAACAUGGAUAUAUUUUUCCAGAAAGCCAUAAUUUCCCAGAAAGCCUAUAGGCCUAUAUUUGUCUACACGACAGAGAUCAUUUUUAGAUAUAUGUUGUAUACGCUCAUUAAAGUCAAAUAGGCCAAUACUUGUGGGACAUGUUCRCAUGCCUAGAUAUUCUUAGCCAAAUGUUGGCCACAUUGUUGAUUGCAAGAUGGUGAUUGCAAGAUCAUUUUAUAUCAAAGGCCUAUAGGCCUUAUUUUGUAUAUUUCUGAUAGCGAUUUCUGAUAGUUGAGCAGUUAUCAAUGGCCAAGUUGUUAAUGCACGUGAGGCCUUAAAACACAAACCGUUUGCCACUUGCAACUAACAGCGUGUGUAAUUGAUCACUAGACCUAUACAUUUUUGUAUCCAUUUCGAUUAUACACAAAGGGGGGCAUAACAUUAAGUUUAUGUAAUUUAACAGGCCUAGACAACGUCAAUAUCCUCGUGCGUAAUAUAUAGCCCAGUGCGCCAUGCAACGAAAAAGUACUUAAAACAGCCUUAUUGAAAGUGCCUUAAAAUACCAACUAGGCCUAUUUUGACCUCURGAAAAGCUUACUUGAACUGUAAAAUGUCUGUCAUUUGUUUCAUUUGUUCAAUAUUGACGAUUUUUUACAUUCAAUUGUCCGUGCAUACAAUUAUGGAAAAUCAUGACCAACAGAAUUAUGCAUGUGUACAUUUGCCGCAUUUCUUUCCAGUUGCAAGCUCUGUAAAUCCGGUUUCUUUUCAUGGAGUGAAAUAUUACUUUAGAAAACAAAUGUGCAUAAACAAUUUGUACUUUUUUUUACUAUGAGGCCUUAAGAUCAAUUACAAAUGUGAUAUUUGUAUGAUAAAAAAAUGAUUUUAUUUUCAAGAAAUAUAAAUAAUAUCAUUGUAAAUAAUAGUGUUCACGUGUUCUGCAACUGAUGGAAGAAGGCGCAGGAAUAUUGAUAUUUAUUAAAUAUCUCUGUAUCUGUACUGUGUACAUACAUGGUCUUAUUUUAAUUAUUCACUCAUACCUGUAAAAACUGAGCUCAGUAAAUAAACAUUAUAAUUUAAACUUC